UCCAACGGGUCAAUACUCUAAUCUCAAUUGGUAUUUUGUUCUACAGACAGUUGGCGGUUCAAAUUAAUUAAACUAAACACACAGGCAGCGUGAAAAGUUGGGAGUGGAUAUUGAUGAGAUCCUCAAAUUUCCUUAAUUUUGAAACUCCAAACAUAUAUACUACUGCAUUUGGGAUCAAGACCCAGAAACACACAAGAAAAAAAACCCUCUCAUUUUCAGCAGCUCUCUUUCGUUCAAGGUGCGGGUCACGUUAUUCAAAUGGCUCGUUCUGCUCUGGAUGAAAUGUCCGCAACUGGCGCUUUCGUGAGGACUGCUUCCACUUUUCGUAAUUCCAUCUCAAGGGAUCCCAAUUCUCCUUUCCCUGCUGAAGCCGGGAGGUAUCAUUUGUAUGUAUCAUAUGCCUGUCCUUGGGCAUCCAGGUGCCUUGCUUACCUCAAGAUUAAAGGUCUUGACAAAGCAAUCAGUUUCACUUCAGUGAAGCCAAUAUGGGGAAGGACAAAGGAUACUGAUGAGCACAUGGGAUGGGUUUUUCCGGAUUCUGAUAUGGAGGAACCAGGUGCUGCACCAGACCCUUUAAAUGGAGCAAAAAGUAUAAGAGAAUUGUAUGAGCUUGCAAGUACAAAUUACUCAGGAAAAUACACAGUUCCGGUUCUUUGGGAUAAAAAACUCAAAACCAUUGUAAACAAUGAGAGUGCAGAAAUAAUCCGCAUGUUGAACACAGAAUUCAAUGAUAUUGCUGAAAAUGCUGCAGUGGACCUUUCUCCUCCUCACCUGCAACCCCAAAUCAACGAAGCAAAUGAUUGGAUAUAUGAUGGGAUUAAUAACGGUGUCUAUAAAUGCGGAUUUGCUAAGAAACAGGAACCUUACAAUGAGGCUGUUAUGAAAUUAUAUGAAGCUUUAGACAAAUGUGAGGAGAUACUCAGCAAGCAGCGAUAUUUGUGUGGGGAGACACUUACUGAAGCGGAUAUACGCCUUUUUGUGACCCUCAUAAGAUUCGAUGAGGUCUAUGCGGUUUACUUCAAAUGCAACAAGAAAUUACUACGGGAGUAUCCAAAUAUGUUCAAUUACACCAAAGACAUAUUCCAAAUCCCUGGAGUUAGCAGCACAGUCAACAUGGACCACAUUAAGAAACAUUACUAUAGAAGCCAUCCUUCCAUCAAUCCAUUUGGAAUCAUUCCUCAUGGUCCAAAUAUCGAUUAUACUACUCCACAUGACAGAGACAGGUUCUCUAAGUAGGGUGUUGUAAACUAUGUGUGUGAAUUCUCGUUGAUGCACUUAAAUCUUGGUAUGUGUUUGCCUGUGCAAGAAUGCUUAUGGGAUCCUAUGUUGUUUGUAUGUUUUUCCUUUCUUAAGAAAUAAGUUGUCAAGUUAUUCAGUUA